AUGGCAAACAAUAAAACGCAAUGUUUUACAUGUAAUAAAGACAAAAUAACAUAUUCUUGUAGAGGGUGUUUACAAGAAUUUUGUUUAAUUCAUUUAACAGAACAUCAACAAAUAUUAAAUGAAGAAUUAAAUCAUAUUAUUAAUAAUUAUGAUGAAUUUAAACAAAGAAUUAAUGAAAAAAAACAGAAUCCACAAAAUGAUUUAUUAAUAAAACAAAUUAAUCAAUGGGAAACAAACUCAAUUGAAAUAAUUAAACAGAAAGCACAAACUUGUAGAGAAACUGUUAUUAGAUCUUCAGAAAUAUUUAUUAAUGAGAUUGAAGAGAAAUUUAAUGAUUUAUCUGAACAAAUAAAACAAAUUCAUGGCGAAAAUGAAUUCAAUGAAAUCAAUUUAAAUUAUUUAAAUAAUCAAUUAAGAAAAAUUACAGAAGAAUUAAAUAAUUCAUCAAAUAUUUCUAUUAAAGAAGACUCACAAUCAUUUAUUAAUGAAAUUUCAAUUAUUUCACCGAAAAAAUCAAAAUUCAAUAAAUGGAAGCAAAGUGCUAUCACUGUGGCUGGUGGAAACGGAGAAGGACAAAAAUUAAAUCAACUCAAUUACCCUUAUGGAAUCUUUAUUGACGGAAAGAAAAAUAUUUUCAUUACUGAUUAUGCAAAUCAUCGUAUUGUUGAAUGGAAAUAUAAUGCAAAAGAAGGACAAAUCAUUGCAGGUGGAAAUAAACAAGGAGAUCGAAUGAAUCAAUUGAGUAAUCCAACAGAUAUGAUUGUUGACCCACAAAAUCAUUCGAUCAUCAUUGCUGAUGGUGGGAACAGACGAGUAAUUCGAUGGUGGAAUCAAAUUCCACAAAUUCUCAUUGAAAAUAUUCACUGUUUGGGACUGACAAUGGAUAAAAAUGGAUUUCUUUAUGUUUCUGAUGCUGAGAAGAAUGAAGUGAGACGAUGGCAGAUGGGAGAAUAUAACAACGAAGGAAUUAUAGUGGCAGGUGGAAAUGAAGAAGGAAAUAAACUCAGUCACCGUAAUUUCCCUAAUUUUAUCUUCGUUGACGAAGAUCAAUCUGUUUAUGUAUCAGAUCGAAACAAUCAUCGUGUUAUGAGAUGGAGAAAAGGUGCAAAAGAGGCAAGAAUUGUCGCUGGAGGAAAUGGUAAAGGAGCAAAUCUAAAUCAAUUGUCUUAUCCUCAAGGAGUGAUUGUUGAUGAUUUGGGUCGAAUCUAUGUGGCAGAUUUUGGGAAUCAUCGAGUAAUGCGUUGGUGUGAAGGAAAAGAAGAAGGUGAAAUUGUUGUUGGUGGAAAUGGUAAAGGAAAUCAAUCAAAUCAAUUGAAUUAUCCCCGUGGUUUAUCUUUUGAUGAUGAAGCACAUCUUUAUGUUGUUGAUUAUGGAAAUCAACGAAUUGAAAAAUUUGAAAUAAUUUUGUGA